AACGACGCAAGACGAUCGCGACGCCGGCAUGUCAGGGGGCGGCUCCGGCGACGAGUUUCGCUGUUUCGUGGGCGGUCUCUCGUGGUCCACCGACGAUCAAGCGCUGGAGAGCAGCUUCCGGCAGUUUGGAAGGAUCUUGGAGGCCAAGGUGAUCAUCGACCGGGGGUCGGGGCGAUCGCGCGGGUUUGGCUUUGUCACCUUCGCGGACCAGCGCGCAAUGGACGAGGCGAUCGACCGGCUCCACAACAAAGAGCUCGACGGCCGCGUGGUGACGGUGAACAAGGCACUGCCCAAGAGCGACACCGGCGGUGGCAUGGGGUUUGGCGACCGCGACCGCGACCGCGACAGGGACCGCGACAGGGACCGUGACCGCGACUUCGACCGUGGUGCCGGCGACCGUUACCGCGACCGGGAAUAUGCCGCUCCUUACAGUAAUGGCUACGCCGGGAGGGGCGACAACAAUGGUAGCGACAGUUGCUUCCGGUGUGGGCGGCAGGGUCACUGGGCCAGGGAAUGUCCGGUCUCUUCCCGCGACCGCUAUGGCAGCGGUGGCGGCGGUGGCGGCGGCGGUGGUAUUGGCAGGGAUGUCGGCUUUGGCGGCCGCUAUGGUGACCGAGGCGGCGGUGGUGACUACUUUGGAGACCGCUACGAGCAGCGCUACAGCAGUGACGAGUAUGGAAGAGAGCGGAAGUAUGAAGGUGGCGGCGGAGGGAUCCGGGACCGUGAGCGGAGCAGUGGCGGAGCUAUGAGGUACGAUGGUGGCUAUAGAGAUCGUCCGGGGCCGUAUGACCGGGCACCGCACUUUGAUCGCUCAGCUCCCCCGGCGUAUGAUAGGCCGCGGCUGCGUGGCGCUGCUAGAUCUUCUUACGAUCACUACUGAUGAUGUACUGCGAUGGGGGACAAGUCUUUGGGACGAACUUCCUCCUCGUUUGGUUUCUUCUUUCCAGUUUUCUCGCAAAAAGAUUACUACUACUA